GCUUUUUCUCAAUAUAGCAUCGAUGGUGGGUCGGGAAUUUGGCCAUGAGAAACCCCAUGUCCUCGAUCGCCUCCAUUAGUUCACCUUAAAAACACAGAAGAUGAUCAGGGUGGGGGUGGAUUGAACAGGGUGGUGGCGCAGCCAUGGAAGUACAGCAAGUUCUUUGCAUGAAAGGAGGAGAUGGAGAAGCCAGCUACGCCAAUAACUCACUGCUUCAAAAAAAGGUGAUAUUGGAGGUGAAACCCAUACUAGAGGAGAGCAUCACAGAGCUCUACUGCAAAACCUUCUCGGAGUGUCUGAAAAUUGCUGAUCUGGGCUGCUCUUCAGGACCCAACACCUUCCUGCCACUGUGGGAGAUCAUAGACUGCAUCGGUGCAACUUGCAGUCGGUUCAGCCGUGAGCCACCCGCCUUUCAAAUCUUCCUGAAUGAUCUUCCACAGAAUGAUUUCAACGCCAUUUUCGAGUCCUUGGCGAGAUUCUACGAGAGGAUUGAGAAGGAAAAGGAAGGGAUGUCUAGACAGUGUUUCAUCGCCGGAGUGCCAGGCUCUUUCCAUAGAAGGCUCUUCCCUGACCGCUCCAUCCACUUUUUUCACUCUUCCUAUAGUCUGCAUUGGCUCUCCCAGGUACCUGAAGGGCUGGUGAGUGAAUCGGGGACUCCAUUGAAUAAAGGGAACAUCCACUUAACGGUGACAACUCCUCCCAGUGUUCACAAAGCCUACUUGAACCAAUUCGAGAGAGAUUUCACAGCAUUUCUGAGAUUACGCUCCCAAGAGAUUAUUCCUGGAGGCCACAUGCUCCUUACUCUCUUGGGAAGUGAUGGAAAUGGCCAGAAUUCUUCCACCGACGGUCUCUACAAAAUCUGUGAGUUGAUUAGUAUGACAUUAAAGGAUAUGGUCACAGAGGGUUCAAUUCAAGAAUCGGAGUUAGACUCGCUCAAUAUUCCACUAUUUAUGCCUUCUCCAGAGCAAGUAAGGAGUGUGAUUCAGAGAGAAAGUUCAUUUACUCUACUACGACUUGAAACAUUCAAGCUAGACUGGGCUGAUAAUAUUGAUGACGGUAACAAAGACCAAGUGUUUGAUAAAUAUGGAAGAGCCAAGUAUGUUGUGAUGUACAUUAGGGCCGUUGGAGAACCCAUUCUAGCAAGUCAUUUUGGAGGUGCGGUGAUGGACAGCUUGUUCCAUAGAUUCUUUAUGAAGGUGGUGGAGAAUAUUGAGACGGGAAAAGGAAUUUAUACUAACCUGGUCAUCUCCUUGUCCAGGAAUGGAAGUUUACCAACUAUGGAUAGAAAGGGGUGAACGUGUCAUCCUAAAUAUUUUAAUAUAAAUAUUUAAAACCAUUUAAAUAAAUAUUUGCCCAUUAGAGCAAAUUUAAAAACCAUAUAUUCUCAAAAACUAUAAUUAUAACUUCUAAUUUUCAAAAAUAAUUCCAUGUCAGUUAGUAAACACUUCAAAGCAAUAAGCUUUUAUUCCCUUUU